GCGAAACGAGCAGAGUGGGCGGAGCAUCACGUUGGCGGUUGUGUUUGCAGCAGCAGUAGAUUCUGCUCAAAUUCGAUCUCAAAUAACGCAUUUGAAGAUGGAGAAUAUGGAGGUGGAAGUGGCUCCAGCAUCCAGCGAGGCCGGUGUGAUCGUAGUCUCUGAAUCUGACAGCAACACGGAGGAAGAGGAUGUUCCCUUACAGGAUCAAGGCCCAUCGGAGCGACCCAGACUUUCAGCCCGUCGGGCGAUCCGGAGGAGAAAUAUAACUGGGUCACAUUCGCAGGUCUCCUCACGUGGAGAGAGGAUGCGCAGACUCCGGGAGAUCAUCGCACAGAAUCUGGUGGAGCGGCUGAGCAGCUCCCAGGACACACGGCGCUCCGCUCCUCACACAGAUCCACCAGCGCUGGAUCCUGAACACAGCUCCAUCCGCACCGCUCCUGCUCCUGCUCCUGCUCCUGCUGCUGCUGCGAAUGUGACCACGUCUGAUGAGUCCAGCGCUACAGGGUCCAGUGUUUCUACAGCGGCUGAAGGGACGAGAGCAUCUGCUCAACUACAAGAGACUGAGCCGGUCUCUGAGUCGCAGGGUCCCGUCACAGCUGCUGCGAGUCCCGCUGGAAAGACCGAAGCAGAUGAUGCUGAUGGAGAGACCUGCUCCAUCUGUUUCGAGCCCUGGACCACGGCAGGGGACCACCGCCUGGCCGCUCUCCGCUGCGGUCACCUCUUCGGCUUCAUCUGUAUCUCCCGCUGGUUGAUGAGUGGAGGAAAUAAAUGUCCACAGUGCAAUAAACCAGCCAAACGUGGUCAUAUCAUCUUUCUUUAUGCACGGAAACUGAAAGCCCUGGACAACGCAGAGGAAGUGCGACUGAAGAGUCGUCUGGAGCUGGAGCAGGGCUCACGGAGGAUGGAGCAGCUGGAGGUGGCUCAGUGUCGUCAGCAGAUGCAGCUCCUGGCCGACGAGAACGUGCGGCUGCGCAAAGAGCUCGAGGAGUUGAGGAGGUGGAGAGCUCAGGCGGCGUUCGGCUCCUCUCAGGGAGCGUCUCAGAGGCAGGACUCGUCCGGCGCGGGACACUACGUCUUCUCUAAGGCUGUGCUGGUGUCUCAGACGGGGGGCAGUAGGGUUCUGUCCUACUGUGAGCCUCUCGGCUGUCUGCUGGCGUCUCAGCCUUCUCCACAAGCAACCUUGGUGCCAGGCUUCGGUGUGAAGAAGAUCAGCACUGCGACCCUCAAACCGAGUCAGUAUGUUCCCAUCCACUCCAAACAGAUCCGAGGUCUGUGCUUCAGCCGACACCAGGACAGUCUUCUUCUGUCCGCGGCCCUCGACAACACUCUCAAACUCACCAGCCUGAUGACGAACACGGUGGUUCAGGCCUACAACACGGGCAGACCUGUGUGGAGCUGCUGCUGGUGCCACGAUAACAACAACUACAUUUACGCCGGUCUCUCCAGCGGCUCUGUGCUGGUGUACGACACGCGGGACACUAGCACUCACGUUCAGGAGCUGGCCCCGCUGCGCUCCAGCUGUCCAGUGGUGUCUCUGUCCUACAUCCCGCGCGCCGCCUCCAGCAUGUUCCCCUGUGGCGGCCUGAUCGCAGGCACGCUGGAGGGCGGAUGUUUCUGGGAGCACGUGGAGGGAACCACCUACACGCCCCACAUCCUUCCUCUAGAGUCCGGCAGCUGCACAGACAUACAGGUGGAGCCGGACAGCAGACACUGCCUCGUCACCUACAGACCAGGUCGCUCAAACCCGUCACUGCGUUGUGUGUUAAUGGAGCUCAGCCGGACGCCUCAGACAGACAUCAGCCAGACGCCCGUCUGCUCCUGCUCUCCGGUCCAGACCUUCACCGCUGGAUCCUCCUGCAAGCUUCUCACCAAGAACGCCGUGUUCAAGAGUCCGGCCGGAGACGGAGCCACGCUGGUGUGUGCUGGGGACGAGGCCACCAACUCCACCAUGGUCUGGGACGCCGGCACUGGUGCUCUGCUCCAGAAGAUGCCUGCAGAUCUCCCCGUGCUGGACAUCUGUCCGUUUGGGGCCAACCAGAGCAGUUUCCUGGCCUCUCUGACCGAGAAGAUGCUCAAGGUUUAUAAAUGGGAGUGAGACUGAGAGGAACAUUCGAACUGAAAUCUGAAGAAGCCUUUUUCAUAACCAAAUACUGCUGGACGGGGACGCCGGGGGACAUUGCUGUCCUUUUACUUUGUGCUUUGUUUCUCUGUUUUUUCUUUUUGUUUGUUUAAAAUCUAAAUCUUUUUUUUUAUUUUCUGUUCAUUAUAAAUUGUUUUCUGUUUCUGACCUUAAAAUCAGGGCUUUAUUAAUGUCUUAGUUGAGCGUGAUCAGUGUUCACUGGUUUCUUUGUAUAUAUGUAAGUGUUUUUUUAAUAAAACAAUAAUUGCCUACAUUGACA